CAGGCGUGACCAGGAUUAAGGCUAAAAUACGAUUCAGGAAAAGGAAUUUAAAAUUAAAGAAAAGGGAAAAAAAAAAGAACAGAGUACAAACCCUCCCCUCGUCCAAGUCCGUUUCCUGUGCCUCUAUCCCGCAACGGUCUUCACCGGACACUACGUGGGAUCAAACUCACGUCCAUGGAUUUGUCUCUCCACUGCAUGCUUCCGUCCAAGGGUUUUCCAUACCGCCGUUCUCCUCGUCUGCUUCACUCUCCGCCUGCGAUUCCCUUGUGUCUCAUCCUAGGGAACGAUCGAUCGCCGUAAAGCCUUCGCCCAAUGUGUCGUGAUCCCGGAUGACAACUUGCUCGCAAUGAGCCACCCUUCUCCUAAGAAGAACGGCGGCAAUAAUGUUCCCCCUCCCAGACAGAUCCGCUUCGUCUCAACAGACGGGCAGCCCCAAACGAAGCGGCGACGAGUUAAUGCGGCGUGUCUGACGUGUCGCAAGCGCAAAAUUCGCUGCUCGGGAGAACAACCAGUAUGCAAAACGUGCUCCGAUUACAACCAUAUCUGCCAAGGCUACAGCGAAUCGUCUAUCCAUGCUCGAUCGCAGUCCGAUGCCGCUUUACGAACUCCUAUAAUCGCUGCUCUACCGGCACCCAAUGAUGUGAUAGCCUCGCGCACAACGCCUAAGCUCGCCAGUCGUUCCCCAAUUUCUCCGCGCAGAGCCACAGUGUCAGCCAAUGAUGGCCUUGGCAAAUCCUCCGAGGUAUACAAGACGGUGGAGUCAAAAGAAGCGUCCCUGCCUAGGGACACAUCCUCGCGGGCAACGAAAGAGCCCGAACAGCAGACGAGCGGGGAAAGUCCAGAAAGCAGUCGUACCUCUUUAAGUUCUAGCGCGCGCACGCAUGUGCCCUAUUUUAGAUAUUUUGGGCCGACGGCUAUUGUCCCUGGCUUCAAACAGAUGGUCGUUCAGGUGCGAGGUUCGCGCAAGAGCAAUCCAUCACUGUCAUCAGAGUCGCUAUCUCCUCUUCGAAGUCCAAAAUUUGCAGAUGCUGGGUUGAACAGCCUCGAAACAAUACCCGACGCCCGCGAUAGUCGUGACUACAACAACACGAUUCCGUUCUAUGAUCGCGAUGAUACCUGCGCUGUCAGCAACCUGGUGACGCACCUAUGUGACUUAUUUUUCGUGCACCUCGGAUGCACCUUUCCGUUCUUACAGCGGGAGAGGUUUCUCCGUGACCUCAAAGACAAAAGGGUAGACACCAUGCUCGUAGAUGCCGUGUGUGCAUUGUCUGCGAGAUUUUCUCCUCAUCCGCUACUCUGCCCUCCCCAAGCUCCGACAAUUGAUGGUUCUGAACCGCAAGUGGACAUGAAAAAGUCGAACCGCGGGCAGCCGUUCGCCCACAGAGCCAUGGGCACUCUAGUGGAUUCUCUCUCGUGUCCUACUCUUUCCGGGGUACAGGCGUGCUUGUUACUUGCUUAUGAGGAGUUCGGUUCGAACCAUGACAGCGGUCUCUGGAUGUACCUAGGUAUAUCUAUACGGAUGGCUCAAGACCUUGGAUUGCAAAAGGUACGGGGAUUGGAAUUCAGCUAUGGUUUGAGCGGUGUGACUCCGAGUGCAGUCCUGACUGGACAAGCCGGGAAGCUCAGAGACGAUCAAUAUGAUGAACCUCAGAUCUCCCCUGGCCCAACACAAGACCAACCAGAUGCAGAGGGCCGGCGUGCGAAGGAGCGCGAAAGGGUUGACACCUUCUGGAGUAUCUUCUUCCUCGACCGAGUGAUUUCGUCUGGAACAGGGAGACCGGUGACCUUACGCGACGAGGACAUAGAACUCUGCUUUCCACUCCAGUCGGAAUCCCGGUUGCCUAACGGAUGGCCAGCGCCAUUUCCCCCGCUCACCCGCAUCAUACAUUUGUACGGCAGAGUGACGGAUCUCAUCAAUGGAAUUCAGGACGUCAACCAUGUAACUUCGGACACCUUGAAAAUGCUGGCUGGUAUGGAGAGCGAUUUGACAGGCAUCUAUCAGCGACUGUCGCCAAGACUUCAUUUUAAUGCAGCAAACUUCCAGGCCUACGUCAAAGCCAAGGAAGGAACAAAUUUCAUUCUCCUUCAUUUUUGGUUUCAUACCUUGAUAGUCCUGCUUCAUCAACCCACGCUGCUAAACUCCUUCGGUGGGACUAUCCAACAUCUUUAUCCAAACAGUAGGGAGUUAUCGAUGUCUUCGGCCAAAACCAUUGCCGAUAUUCUGUCUUUCUCAGAACUCGUGGACGGGAAGAGUUUCAUUGGCAACCCCUUCACAACCCAGCCUAUGUACAUUGCCGCAUGUGCUUUUCUCAUGGAGAGUGCCUAUUACUCUUCACCCUCCUCACGAUCUGGCUCACCUCCAGCUCAGCCGUUACUGGCAAACCAAAACAGUGGUUUUGUGAUGCCGAAUAUGGAUCCUUCGAACGGAUCGGAACGAAAGCCUACCGCUAAGCAUAUACUUCUCGCGUCCGCCGCAAAGGAAAACUACCAGCGAUGUUACAAAGCUUUGAAAGCACUUGAAACAUACUGGGAGGGUACCAAGUAUAUCCUCACGGUCUUGGAUCAAAAGGCAAAGGGAAUCGUUGAUCCACUUCUAUAUACUGUGGAGGAGAUGGAAAGCGCGGCGGAGGUAUCGUCCGUUCCACCUUUCGCUGCACCACACUGGAGAAGUAUCCAAACAUCAUUGGCUGCUCCAGGUGAAGCAGCAGCCUCAAAAGGAGGCAUAGAUACUCCAUUGGAUGGCAAACGGUCGCCCAAGAUUGAUCCGAGUCAAGCUAUUGGAUGGGCGUUGACCGGUGCAACCAACUCGUCCCAACCGAACCUGAGCCUAUUAUAUCAACUACCCGCUCAGGCAGAGUCCAUGUCGGAUAAGCCAACAUUUUCAUCUCAGUAUAGCCACAUUUAUCCCAACCUUCCGGUACAGACUGGUGGUAGUCAGAACUCCAAUUCUUACUCGCAGACUUUGGAGCCAUCCAGGGUAGCGGAGUCAACACUGACUACACCGAUGGCAGCAGGCUCCGAGCCGUUUCCGUCGCUCGCAUCCUCUGGCCAAGUCUCGGCCUCUGAUGCGAAUCUGCUCCUUGGCUUAAACACGUCGUUUCCGGGUACGACCUCCCGCCCGCCAAAUCCUCGAUCAGCCUACAACCACCAUUCCGCGUCCUCCAGGCUCGAGAAUCAGGUGCCAGGAUUCAACUACAGCUUACCUGUUCCGAGCGAACAGCAACCUGGCGACGGCCAUCUGAGCUCACGGACCCCAGGUCUCCACCCUGUUGUGGGCCCCCAUGCGGGUGACGUGUUUAUCGAAAGCCAAGACAUCGAUAUGGCAACGCUCCAGCAACAAGAUCAGCUUCCGUUCACGUUCAGUGGCGAGAUACUGCCAUGGCUGGAAUACCUUCCGCAGGACGUCCUCAAUUACUUUGGGGAACACCAGAGUUAUCCUACCCUGAUGAGCCCAGAUGAUGAAGCUCCGCAGGGCCCUCACUGAAAUGUAUACUGUGCGUAUAUAUGCGACUGUAAUUGCACGUGUCAG